AUGAUGAUCAUUGUUCAAAAGUUGCGAUCUUUCUUUAUUUAUUCGCUCCUUGUCGUGGUCUUCUGCCUGGGAACCAUAUUGAGGGUGUUCCCUUUUUUCAAGCGUUUUAUCUCCAACGCAAUUGACAGAAUGUUCGGACUAAAGAUUCCUCAGGACGAUUAUUGGGACUCGAUGUUCAGUCGGCAAAUGCUCAGAGGGUUAUGGAGGUUCAUCCUACUAGACAUCAACAAGAAGACAAAACUUGGAGCGAAGGCCUACAACUCUCCCCUUUUCUCCGUGGAUGGCAAGGACUGUUUCCGUCUUUUUGAAAAAUCAAAGCUUGGUCGCCCACUCGUUGUUAAUUUUGGAAGCUCAAGCUGACAACCAUUUCUGACGAAGUUACGCGAUUUUGGUGAAAUUGUUCGCGAUUUUGCCGAUAUCGCUGACUUCGUUAUUGUGUACAUCGAGGAAGCGCAUCCGUCGGAUGGCUGGGCGCUCAAGGUUGGUGUAUAAGUGUUUAUCCUCAAAUAUUUUAACGAUAAACUUGGAAAAUAGUUGGUACUAUUUCAAAAUGUGGUCAUAACAUAGCGGUAUGAACUAAAUAAUGUGGCUUAUUUCCAGUGAAACAUACUGCGUUCUGCAGUGGAAAUUCAACGUCGAGUUUUAUACCGGUUCCUUGCUACCUUUCUCAGUGGUACUCAGUUGAUUAAAAUCGGAAGUAUGUCUCAAAUAUUUUUACCGGUUUCUCGAAAUCUUACAAUUCGCCGAACUAGUGAUAAAGACAUCCGUUGUCCGUAAUCAUAGUUCCGCUAAUCCUGUUUCCGUCUCGCUCUUAAAUAUGGAAAAAUUCUCUGGGUACAUCUGAUUCACGAAAGCUCCACAACUCUAAUACGAAACUCCUUUUUGGUUGAUUUCUUGUCGUUCUCUACCAAAACUAUGAAGUUGGCGAUUGCUUUUGUAAAAUCGGAACUAAGUUUGCAUAUACAGACACUGUCUUUGCGGCUUUUCUGUGUCCGAACGUGCAUGUUUUCCUUACGUCUUACUGAGAGCGACUUAAAAUUUCUCAAAUGCUAAUAUUUUGAAAAGGUAUUCUCCAUCAACUAAAUCUCCGACGGCGAUACGAUCUCGUUGCGUAAACCGAACUUCUGGUCAUCUCAAAUUAGGAUCGAUGAUUCUCUUUAUUGUAACCGACUCUCUGUCAGUCAGGAUUUUCAACUAAUUAGCGCCUUUUGGGAAAUUCUCUUUAACCAAGCUCGACAUCGAUAGUUUGAAAUUUGAUUGGUUUUCAGGAAGACAUGUAAUGAUUUCAUUUGUCAUGUGUCAGUUCAAGAUGACCUAAUUCGGUGUAGAUCAAGAAAAGUAUUCUAAUGACAAAAUUAAUUGCUCGGUGUUCAAACAUUCAUAAAUGGAUUGAAAACGGUGACUUAAGUGUGCAUUAGAAAACUGUGAAUACUUGUGUAUUAAAAUGCAGUGAGGCGACCAGAAUGCUUGGCGACAUGACACGUGACGUUAUUUAAACAAUAAUAAUAUUCAAAUAUUUUUGGUAUUAGAUCACCCCGAUUAAAAAAAAAAUAAUAUUAAAAGGAUGAAAGACAAUAAUGAUAAUUAACAAACUUGAUAUCUAGGAAGAUAAUUUAGGCCUAUUAAAUAAAAACACUCUAUAACUAACAGUUACCUACGAUCUGCUAAAGACUCCAUUUUUCGUGGUUUCUGCCUUAAAGCCCUCUGCUAGGGUUAUCGCAAUUUUCUUUUGCUAAUCUUACAGUUUAUCUUAGCCCCUCACCGCUCUCGUUAUCAAUGACAUUGGUAAAAGAAUUUAUACCCCCAGCUCCAAUUAUCUUGAACAGUUUUUGGAGAGAUUUGCGAUAUGGCUGCGAAUCUUAUCUCGCGCUCAAAUGAUAGAGGUUUAUCACGAACCAUGCUCGCGAUUUCCCAAUUCAGAGUUUAAAUCAGCAUUCCACUCCCAUGUUCAUGAUGUCUAUGUUAAGAAAUGCCAAAGUAACCUUGCCCUUUAUUACGCAACUCUUUCUAGUCGUAAAGUUUUGACGCCCCUCUUUCCUUUUGGGUGGCCAUUUGUAAGAGACAGAUCGAUGCCAGGUUAUCUUGUUGCAAAUUUCUUUCAGAGUUUAUCUGUCUGGAAAAGCUUUCAUAGUUAAGCUGUAUGUUUUCGAGCUUCGGCAUUUAUUGAUGAUGCAAAUUGACAGAGACAAGGAGAACACAAGGAGCAGGAGGGGAGAAAAAUCCCCCAAACGUAGCACCAGAGAAGCAAAAAAAAAAAGGAGAAAAAGGUUGUCGAUGGGAGAAUAAAAUGGUCGAAAAGAGUUUUAAAAGGAUGGAGAAAUAGUCAACAAAUAUCCACCGAAGUGGAGGUGGUUAGUGGUUGAUAUUCACCGAACCGCUAGGCGGCCAGGUAAACAUUCACUGAUAGCCACCGAUACAGAGGUGAAUAAUUGUUUUUGUAUACAUCAAAAUGCUGCGAUAACGUAGCGCAAAAGCAUGAUUUUAACUCGUAUACUCCUGCAACGAUUAUCACGCUGUUUCGGAUGCGAAUCCCGUGCGAGUUAUUUGGAGGUGGAUACCAAAGGAUAUUCGGAGUUUGAUUGGCCAAUCAGAGUUUAUACUGAUAUAAGACAUAUUUCCACGGCUGCAAAGCUCAUACUUUCCUCAGUGCUUUAAGGUCAAACUUGAAUCACUGAGGCUUUUUUUUUUACCGAACACAGUGCACAGUAACCCUAACCCUAAUAAUUGCUAUUACAUAAGCAUUGACAACUAUAGCUCAUUCACAGGAAACUGGCGUGAUUGUGCCCAAGAGGAGUUUUAAGUUUUUUUUAAAAUGGCUGGUAAAGCUAUUGUGUUUUGUCUGCGGUUUGUAAAAGUUGAAAUAGAAUAACAGCUUUGAAAAAAAUUUACCAGACCACAUUAUAAGCAAAAGUAGAAGAAUUAUGACUAAUCCUUAGGAAAAAUAAACUCUUUCGUGCCGGGGCGUUUAAUUAAUGAAAACAAUCAUUAAUUGGCUAAUCCACGGCAAUCGCAGUUGCUCUAGUGAUUUGCGCCUGCUGGUUUAGGUUCGAGACCUGCUGGGAACGAGUCUUGGCUGGUCGGUUGAGUUCUGCUCACGGAAAAGACAAUGAGUUUUUAAAAAAGCUUUUGACUGCCUGUAAAACCCGACAGACAAAAUACCAGAUUUACGUUCAAUGGAUUAACAUACUCUCCAAGAGGGAUGCCAAUGAUAUCACUCACCUUAUGCGACAGAGAACGAGAAACCGCGACAAUCAAUUGCCCAGUAGGCUCGAAAACUUGAAUUAAUUAAUUACUUUUUCGGCAUUCAAGUGUUAUGAGUGGUUGCUUUUGAAAGUUACUUCAUAUGCAUGUAACGGUGAAUUGGACCUCGUACUCACCAGCAGGGAUUACAUAGCUUCCCACAGACCAUUACAGGAUAUCCCACUUGAACAAGAGAUUCUUUAACUAAGAAAUAUUAAGCAAGGCCUUCUCUGUCUCAAAGCUACAGAAGAGUGCUUAUGGUAUGAACGCCCCUAAAAAUAUCAUUUCUUUUGUCUUCCUCCGCAUAAAAGAGAUGUAUGAAAUUAGGCUUUGAGAGGUAGAUCAAAGAUCAAAGAGGAUUGGACGCAAAAACGGAACUUUUCGGCUAACGUGCAGCUCGAUUAGCCCGAAAGAUAAACACCCUGUUGUUUAUCGUUUACACGCAAUCUAAGGGCGUUUAUGAUUUAAGAUCUAUCGUAGAUAACAAGCGGAAUUAAAACCAUACUCAUGAAUUUUUAUGGGCUCAGUUGGUUCAAGAGAAGAACUAUGGAAGAUUUUAAGCUCAAUUGUUGAAUAAGAAAGAUGGCUCUGGUAAGUAAGUGAAAAACAUAGCGCUCCGAGUCUAGCUAUCACUGAGCCACAGAGAACUCGAUGGAAAAUUAGGCCAUAUGCUAUAAGACAAGAUCUUUUCUUUCUCCCACUCUUACAGUAAAACAAAAGACAUCUUUCUUUGUUGAUAUUACGUGCUGUUAGAUUCGUAGAACAUUGUAACCAAGCCCUUUCCCAAAGAUAACUUAGGAUUCUUAGUCGGGUUCACAAUUUGAAAAAAAGUCUCUUCAACACUAUGUUUAUACUGACAGAUAUUUCCGCACUGGUUAACAAAAUCUUCAACUGCGAUGUUUGAAAGGCUGACUUAGGCUCAGUGAUGAGAACUUGACGACUAUACUCAAUCCUGAACCAAAAUCCACUUGUAGCAUUAGACAGAACUUAGGGAGGGAGAUUUUGGGGUCAAAAUUAGAGAGCGGAAAUCUUACUUGAACCCUCGACACUUCAUCCCCUUAUAGAGGGCCUUUUACAAAAUUACCAAAGAUUCCAAAGCAAAAAAAUAUCCUAAAUAUCUGUUGAGAAAAUAGUUGGAAACUAGUUGGAAAGAUCCUCACUCGCGUAUGCCAUUAGUGUAGAACGAAGAUAAUCUUAUUCUACCACGAACUUGGAUGAAAAAACCGGCCAGUUUCGGUUUUCCGCCUUUCUAUAGAAAAGUCAAACAUCACGUACAUUUUAAGUUGACAGUGAACAUACGUAUAGUUUUAUCUCAUGCGUAGUCAUUGUUUAAGUGUGCCUCUUGAAACAAAAGCGAAAAAAUAUGUAUACAAAUUGAUUUAUCACGAAAAUUACGCGGAUUUCAUAUCUUGCUGAGUCAAUAUCAUCAGUUCUGUUCUUGACAUGAAUAUAGUCGCACCUGCAAUAAGUGGCAGCGUAUUAAGCGGCCAUUCUGUUUUAAGCAGUCGGUUGCCAAAGUCCCGAGUUUGUUUCUCCUUGAUCACUGUAAUUUUCACUUCUAUUAAACGGUCACCUCUAUUAUGCGGUCGCGUUACACUUCGCUGAGUCCAAACGGCCUUUUUCUCUUAUCUUUCACCUGUAUUGAACGGUCAAUUAAAGCCGAACCACUCAAAUAAAACUAAGAAUAAUCUUUCAAGUAAUUUUUGACCAUGUUUUUUCCCAAAAUCAAACUGUAAGUAGUAUUUUUGAGCGAGAUUCUGAACACUAAGUGGCGUAAGGUGGCGUUGUUUAUCGUUUUUCUGUAGUAACCCCUAACCGUAUUGAGCGGUCACCUUAUCAUUCCCCAUGAGUGACCGUUUAAUACAAGUUCGACUGCACAAAGCUUAACUUGUAUUUUUCCAGUGCUCUGGAAAAUUAACUUAAAGAAAGAAAUGAAGCAUCGAGGUUUAUACGACCCUUGAACUUUCAAGAUUUUUGUGAUUAGUAAUUCGGCCCUGUAAGUGCUACACAUUUCUUUUUUGACGAGUUAGGAGAAUUUCAUGUUAAAUGGAAAUGUUACCUUUUGGCUGAUGAAUGGUUUGCCUUCUUUUCAUCGCCCGGGAAAUGUACGAAAUUGCGUGGAGAACCUAAAUGUCAAUCACUUCUGAAAGCACAAGGGGUUUUAAUUCGAUGGAGCCGAAAAUUGAAAUUUCAGCACAAUUUUUCUUCUAACCGAGUAGUCGAGUAGGAAUUGUUCAAUAAUGAAUCUUUGCUGUGAAGUCUGGGAAAAAGUUGCGCGGAAACCUCUUCUCACCCCUAAGUUUAGCAAAGAACAAGGAACUUUAUUAUUUUAUUGACAGUGGACUAGCAGUAUCCGUAUAAAAUGCGGGAUGCACUUAUUACUGGAUUUACUCUUUUCUUUUCUCCUAGAACAACUAUAACAUUCCGAAGCAUCGAACGCAAGCUGAAAGAUGCGCGGCAGCCCAGCUUCUUCUAUCCCAUAAUCCACCGUGCACCGUCACAGUGGACACAAUGCUAGACGCCGCUAACCUAGCUUAUGGCGCAAGCCCAGAAAGAUUUUAUAUCAUCCGGGACAGUAAAAUAGUCUACCAGGGAGGGCCCGGGCCCAUGUCAUACAAUGUAAAUGAAGUAAGAGCUUGGCUGGAGAAUUACGCUGGAAAGCUCUCAAGUAAAGCGCGAGGAGAAUGAUGCAGCUACCAAACGAACGUCGUUAAAUGUGGAGUAUAUAUUUUAAACAGCCAGUCAUGGCUCGUUUAAUAGUGUGAAUCAAAAGAGUUUGUGCCCAGAGGAACGAUAGCCCAUCUCAGAAAUUCUAUCCGAUUAUAAUUAUCCAAUCAAUAGUGGGGCGAGCCUUUCCUAGAAUGACCGGAAAGUAGGAAACGAGAACGGUACCAAAAAAACUAUAUUUAUACCGUCGAGUCUUACUUGCCAAGUGCAAUUGUCAAAAAUUCAAAAGGUUUACGUGAUAGACUUAAGCAAAAAAUCCUUGUUACACCACGAUAUGAGAAGGAAACCUUGCUAGAGCAAGAAUUUGUUUUAAACAUUUCAAGUCUCCUUGUCAUCAAAUGUCGUUCUCGAAUUGCAUAUUUCAGGAAAUUUAUUAUUAUAAUCGUCAUCAUUAUUAAUAUUAUUGAUAUUAUUAAGAUUAUUACUAUUAUCAUUAUUAUUUUCACAGAAAGGAAAUUUCUCAAGGGGCAAUUUGAACGGGAAAAAUUGUUGCUCAAAGAAGAGUCAUUUAUCGGGGUAGCGAAACUCCGAGCUCUGCGGGUUUUCGCCCUGCGCUGGUCAAUCGUUCCUCUGGUCUGUAUCCUCUCUGUAAGGGGUUCUAAGAGUGCUGUAGGUUUUAAAUAUGAGCAGUUAGCUUUUAAAACUGCUUCAAGACGGAUUAGUAGUUUGGCGUGAAAACUAGCCAUGACUUAUUUCUCGGAUUUCGAAAAAAUUAAGAGGUUAAUAUUUUAUUUAGCAAUCGUAUUCAGAGUUGUAGAUAUUUAACACAUUACUAUCAUUUCCUAUGGUUCAAUACUCGUUUCCCCUCAAAAUUUGUUUAUGUUCACAAUGGCUUAAGUAUUUGCUGGUAUUAUUGGGGAAAAGGCGAAGACUACCAAGUUCCUUAAGCUACAGCAAAAACCGAUCGAAUUGAUAUGUCCAGAUGUUAAGAGACUGCUACAUAAUAAGGUGAAAAUUAGUCAAUUUUAUAGACGGAAAAAUUGGAAAUAUUGCGUUACUAAUUUUAUACCAGGAAGAAGCGCAUGACAAUAUUAGAAUUCCUAGUUAAUGAUUGAAAAGAAAUCUGUAGCUAACAGUUUGAAAUGAUAGGAAAAACACCAACGAGACACGACAUAACCGAUGGGGUAUGAGGAUUAAAAGAUCUUUUUUUGUUAGAGGAUGGAGGAAGGGAGAGGGACCGUUCAAUAUGGGGAAAGUCAUUAUAUUUUAUGCAACCCAAAAGGGCAGAGCCACAAAUAUUUAAGGGCUUUAGGGAUGGCCAUAUCUCUUUUGGAUCAAAUUAGGGGAAGGGUUACAGUUUUUUUCUGCAAGAAGUAAUUUAAGGGAUAUAAAAAACUGCAUCCGGUGUAGAAAAAAAAAAGAAGAAAUCUCCCCCCUCCUUCCUCUCUCAUCUCCAAUAAAUGACAGGUCCCUGCCUGAUUAAAUUGAAAAUGACUGCAAAAGGGGAAAUUUAACGAAUCAGGAAGUAUUUUCAACGCGAGUCAUACUUCCAAUCUUUAGCCCCUUGACUUUUGAGAUCUGAUUAUUUAUUCAUCUAACUUAUGUUGGCACAUCUUCUUGUUGGUUUGUCUAGAGAAUCUGGUGUUAUAUCAAAACAAUGUCUCUUAAUAUUACCAAUUUUCUUUUUAUAUUUUCAUGACCUGUCUUCUUAACUGUGUAGCCAAAUUGUCAGGAGAAGAUAAGCUGUGAUCACUUGGUAGUAAAAAAGGUUACGUCAAAUCGAUAUAUCAGCAAUACGAUGGCUAAAAAA